AUGGAUUACGCACGAAAAAUCGGUAAAUCUGACAAACCCAAGGAAUGGAGAAAAGAAAUGCCCACGUCUGUACUUACAAGUGACCCAACCUUCAAGAAGGAUCGGCCUCACGCCGAAGAUCCUCCAUUGAUCAAUUGGAAGAAGUGGUUGGCAAACCGAAGAAAACAAUACAAGCAUAUUAAAUCCUCAUCAGGUCGCCAUCAAACCGAUCAAAUAAUGAAUGCCUGCGAAACCAUUCGUCCGUUAAUCGAAAUGCGAAAUUUAAUGGACUAUGCCAAUUCCCCGGUUGUUUCCGACAGCGUUCGUGGAGGGCCAGAAUUUUGGAAAACUCCGCAAGCACUGUCCAACCGAGGCGAACAAUGUCUACCAGACGUUACAGUUACACCGAGCAAAAAGGAAUUAAAUGUACUUCCAGAAUUGAUGUACGUCGACUUGCCAGAGUUAAUAGAAAAAGAAAAAGAUCUCGUUAGUUUAAAAUCCAAAGAACCAUUGUGGAAAAGAAGUCAGUAUCUGAUGGAUCGGAAAGCUCAGUUGUCGAAGGAAAUUCAAUCGUUAGUCCCGAAGGAACCGGAAACGAAGCACUUGGUGAUUCAAGGUCGCGCUCCACAGCCGAAAACGAAACCCACGAGAAUCCCAGUGAUAACAGUUUCUAACGACUCUUUUAAAGAAGACGAAGAAGAGGCUGAGUGUGAACCGGAAGUUCUCCAAGAGCAGGCGGUAGUUCUAAGGAUUCAAGACCGAGAAAUAGUUUGGAAGAGACGUGUCUCUGAACGCGGAAAGGCCGAUGCAAUCUCGUGGAACGUAACAUUCUCGUCGCAAGUGAAUAGAAGGCAGGAGAAACAGAUCGAAUUGGAGAACAAAGGAAAUCGUGUGAUUAUUUACGAAUGGCGGGACGCGAGCUGUGUGCCAACGACGAUACCCUUGAAAAGACGAGUAAGCCCGUUUUUCUUCAAUAAAACCAAAGAAGUGAUUCUACCCGGGCAAAUUGUUCAAUUAACAUUUUGGUAUCGACCUCGAGUGUCCGGUGUUUCUUCCGAACUUUGGAGAUUCAAAACUGAUCCCGAAUUGUGUCCGUCGCCAUUGUUGUUCCGUCUUUCCGGAUGCUCGGACACCGCACCCGUGGACAGCAACAUUCGUAAUGACGUUGAUGAAUAUUUGGAUGGUUGUAUUCGGGAUUCAACGGUGAGAGAUGUUAUCAACGAAAUUCUGGAAGACAUGUAUUCCGUUAAAUCCUGCGAACCGUAUUAUGGUAGUCUGUUUUUGGAAUCAGAGGUAUUCUUAACGAAGAAUCCACUGUGCUUUUAUCAUCCGAGUGUUGUAACCGAAUUUCAUAAGUUAUAUUACGCCGCUACGAAGCCAAAGAACCAACGUUGGAACAUGUGUAUAGAGGAUCUCCGUGAGAUUUUGUUGAAAAUCAAUCAGCCGGAUCGUAGACGAGAUAUGCUGUCAGAAUUUAGUCGGCUUUACAAGGAAUGUCUGAAACCUACUUUACGCAUACCUGAUCCUUACACCAAGCACGAGAUGGUGUACAAUUUGUUUUGUUCCUUCUUCAAUCGGUUCGAGGUCGAAAGUGAGUACGCUAAGCGCGCUUGUUUCGCAAAAGAGGACAAAGUAGAUGUCACAGUGUCGGAAGUGGUUAAUAUAAAACCGACAACGUCGCAAGUAACAAUUAAGAGUAACAGUACACGAAAUAAACGGAGCAGGAGGUCGACUGCUUCCGCUCAGAGUAUUCAAGUUCAAGAAGCUAUUAAAAAAUCUUCUCUUGUAAUUAACACUCGACCAUAUAAAGAAGUAUUUUUCAUUCGCGUCCGUGAACAGUUAGAAGUAACAUUGAAACAAAUAAUUGCAACGAUCGAUUCGUUUAAUAAUCUGAAUCAGUCUGACAAGUAA